AUGCCCUUCACAUUCAUAUCGAGAAUCAGUUUUAGUUCACGCACCAUCAUCUACCUACGACCUCAUCCCUGGGUCGGCAGCCUCGCCAUCCCUCCAGAGAUAAUAUUGAAGAUCAUAACCUAUCUCGAUCGACCCUCGCUUCUCUCAUUUGCUCUAACUUGCCGGACAUUUCUUCUCCAUUACCUCCCUCAACCUCUUCAGCUAUCGUCCACUGAAAAGCAAGAAUUCCUGGCCCUUCUAGAAAAGGACGCGCCUCAUUACUAUUUCUGCCAUUUUUGCCUCAAACUCCAUCGAUGGCGCAUGUCCUGGUUUUGGCAUUUCAAUUCAGAGAUUCCAGACUUUUAUCUCAUGCACAGAGAUACCUGCAGAGAAAAAUAUCGAAUCGAGCACCAUGGGAUGCCAAUUUUGUUGUAUCCUCUCGCGCGAGUGAUAAUGAAUCGGCAUUUCCAUGGGGCGGCACAUGGCCCUCUACCAAAAGUAUUAUCAACAUCAAUCAACGAUUACGCGUUUUGGGACGGGUAUUGGGAUGGAAGACAUCAUACAGUUUGGAAAGCCCGUAUUGUUGGCGACGAAUUAAUGAUAUCAUCGGCUAUUACGAUAUAUCCCAACGAGAAUCAAGAAAACCCUAAGAAUACUGUCGAUUGCGCCCCGCAUCCGCUAUGCCCGCAUCUUACAACUAGCGCUCGUUCUUGGCCUCACAAACAACUUCCUGAGCUAGCUGCUCGAAGUUCUGCAGAUUGUUUCGUUCCAUGUCAUGAAUCUAUCAAGUCUUGUCCUGAAUGUCUCACGGACUACUGCAUCACCAUCACUCGGCAGAAGAAGCGUUGGGCGAUCAAGGUCAUUGCCUACAAUCAGCUUGGAGCAGUCAGAUCACCAUUUGACUGGGAGUGGAGUGGCAUGGUACCAUCGAGGUAUAGGUUGGGAGAGCGGCAAUCCAGGUAUCGUUUGGGGCAUAGGCCAGGGAUGGUGAGGCACUUGUGGAACAAAGCAGAUGAGAUCCUCCUGGAACCCACAGGAGAAUGGGCAUAUCUCCCCAGGUAG